AUAGAUGCAAAUCACUGUAUUGAUAUAUUUGGAUCAAAACUGGAAGCUUUGACGACAGCUUAUAGCAAUUGUUGACGGCAAACAGAGCCAUAAAAUUAUUAGUAUCUGUUUGUGCUUUUGGAUUUGGAACAUUCAUUCCUUUGCAAAAUCUGCACAUUGAUCGAUGAUGAUGAUGAUGAUGAAGAAGAAGUGAAGUGCUUGAUUUGACCUUUGCCUUGAGGAAUCAGCCGUGGCCAUGGGUGGUGGUGAGGGUGACACCUCCAAACAAGAGCUCUUUCACCUAAUCAAACGCUUCGGAGCUUAUGUCACUUUCAAGAUCUCCAAUCUCUUCUCCCUCGUGUCAUUAAAAUUGUUAGAUUCACGCUCUAUUGGGGCUGUUGCUGGUCUUGCUGUUGCAAUUGUUUUCACCUGGAGGCUGUUGAGAUCUCCUGCAGGGUCUCAACGGAGGAAACGGCAAGGUUCUACAUCUAGUAAUCCUGGAGUCAGUACACAUUCAAGUGCCUCUGUAGUUCCUUCUGAAGCUUGUUCAACCUCAGAUGAUUCAAGGGCACAAAAUGUUGUGGAUGAGUUAUUUCAGCCAGUUAAACCAACGUUGGGGCAGAUAGCUAGGCAGAAAUUGAGCGAAGGAAGAAAGGUAACUUGUCGUCUUCUUGGAGUGAUCCUUGAGGAAAGUAUUCCAGAGGAGCUUCAGAAACAAGCAACUGUGAGAUCCUCUGUGCUAGAAGUAUUGUUGGAAAUUACAAAGUUUUGUGAUUUAUAUCUCAUGGAACGAGUUCUGGAUGAUGAAAGUGAGAAAAGAGUUCUUGUAGCAUUAGAAGAAGCAGGGGUAUUCACUUCAGGUGGUUUGUCUAAGGACAAGGUUCUCUUCUGCAGCACAGAAAAUGGACGGUCAUCAUUUGUUCGGCAAUUGGAACCAGAUUGGCACAUUGACACAAAUCCUGAAAUUGUUUCUCAGUUAGCUAGGUUUAUCAAGUAUCAACUUCAUGUAUCUCCUUAUAAAACCGAACGAACUGCUUCAAAUGUGUUCAGUGCUCCAUCCCUGGAACAGUUCUUUGGAUCCAUAUGAAAAACUAAAACCACUACUAAUCAGAUGUUAUUCAUAAAUGUCUUACUAGUUUGUUUCUAUCUGCAUCUUGGAUUCCACCUUCACCAAUCGUUUUUUCUACAUGUAUGAGAACUAGGUUAGAUUUUCUUCAAGCUUUAAGGGGUUGAAAGACCUGCUGUGUAUGUGUAUGAUGAUGCUUUGAGGAACGAGUUCUAUUUUUUUUUUUUUUUUUUUUCCCGUUUGAUUUGAAUUUUUGCAUUAGAUUGUACCCCAUCCAGACAUUUUACACUGACAACUGAUCAUAGUUACAUCACAUGAUAUGACAUCAUGGAUAAUGUUAAUGAGCAUUCUCCUAACAUUACGUAGC